AUGUCGGAAGAUCAGUUGGACGGUUCUUCUAACUCAAGUGGAUAUUAUUUUGGCAACGACUCAACCAAAAUCCACUCCAACUUCGCGUUUUCUGGACCUGUGUUUGUCGUUUUGGUGGUGUUGAUGGUGACUUUGGUUGUUGUGAUUGUCCUGGGAAACGCGUUGGUUAUCUUCGCUUUCAAAGUAGACAAGAGUUUGAGGAGACAAUGCAACUACUACCUUCUGAAUUUGGCAAUAUCGGAUUUCCUUGUAGGGGCCGUCUGCAUCCCGCUCUACAUGCCCUACGUCCUGACGGGCCGCUGGACGCUCGGCCGAGCCCUGUGCAAACUCUGGCUGGUGAUGGACUACCUUCUGUGCUCCGCCUCCGUCUUCAACAUCGUGCUCAUCAGCUACGACCGCUUCCUGUCCGUCACGCGGGCGGUGAGCUACAGGGCCAGGCAGGGCAUGCCCCACCAGGCCAUGGCCAAGAUGCUGGGUGUGUGGCUGCUGGCCUUCGCCCUGUACGGCCCCGCCAUCAUCUUCUGGGAGCUGGCGGUGGGCCGCAGCCGCGUGCCCACGGGCCAGUGCUUCGCCGAGUUCUACUCCACCUGGUACUUCCUGCUGAGCGCCUCCAUGCUGGAGUUCUUCUCGCCGCUGCUCUCCGUGGCCUUCUUCCACAUCAGCAUCUACCUCAGCAUCCGCCGCCGCCGGAUCCUCCACAGCAGGGAGUCCGCCCCCCGGCCGCCGCCGCCGCCUCCGGAGCCCCGCGUCCUGUCCCGCCCCCACCACCAACACCACCACCACCCCCACCACCACCACCUGGCCGCCGCCGAGGCAGCCUCCUGUGCAGCCUCCUGUGCCCAGGGGAAGGACGGCCCCCCGUCGUCGCGUUCCCUGCACCAGCACCACGGGGGUCUGGGGGCGAGGCUGGUCAUGAGGGGCUCCUUCCUCUCCCCUUCCUCCCCCUCCUCCUCCUCCUCCACCACCUCCGCUAACGCCACCGCCGCCAACGCCACCGGCGGCACCGGCACCACGGGCAAACUGGACCUGUCGGCGGCCUGCCGCCCCAGUCGUCUGUCCAGGGACAAAAAGAUCGCCAAGUCCCUGGCCAUCAUCGUGUGUGUGUUUGCCAUCUGCUGGGCGCCCUACACCCUCCUGAUGAUCAUCCGCGCCGCCUGCAGGGGGCGCUGCAUCCCGCAUCACUGGUAUGAGGUCACCUUCUGGCUCCUGUGGCUCAACUCGGCCAUUAACCCCUUCCUGUACCCGCUCUGCCACAGUAGCUUCCGCCGCGCCUUCGCCCGCAUCCUGUGCCCGCGGAGACGGGCCACUCAGUCCUCGGCUGACCUUCACGGCAGCCACUGA